AUGUCGGAUCACAACGAUAGUGGGAGUGGCAGUGGAAGUGGUGGUCAGACCAGCCAAAGUCAUACUCCUGCUCGGAGAGAAAAGAAAAAAGUCGGAUUUCACGCCAGCAAAGAAAAUAAAGGCGAAAGCAGCGAAUCAACAGCUCGUCAACAUCCUGACGAAGGCAUCUUUUCACCUGCUGCUUCACCUAAACUUGCCCCUGGAGAACUACCGCCCAAUGCACCAGAUGCUUACGAAUUAAGUCUCGCCCUCACCAAGAUCCUGUCUGCGGAGCAGGACAAGAAACGUCAGGAGAGACCCCAGAGUCUGGCCCCUGAUACACCAGAAAUUGUUGGACCUAAACGACCCAGACCAGCACUGCGCAGAAAUACCAGUUAUGACGAUCCCAGUGAGCGAGAAAGGGCCGAUCAGGCCGAGUCCAGGACUACGGAGAGACAGUACAGGUCCAUGGCUGAUGCUCGACAAAGAGCUGAUCGACUCGCCGUCUCAGUGGGCAGUUACUCUGCACCAGGCUCACGAAGAGGAUCGAUCGAUAUGGAAGAAGUUCCCUCUUUCAAACCUUUGAUCGAAGACUAUGAUGAACCAAAAGUUACACCACCUCCUAAAUCAACAACCGUCGAAGAUGCGGGUUACUUCGGUCUUCGCCAGCGUGUACCGAGAUUUGAAGACGACGAUCGCUUCCAACACCACGCCGCAGCAGAGGACCUCGUCAGAUCGCACACGCGUAAGGGAAAGAAGGAUUUAUACACCAAACAUCCCAACGGAGGAGGUCACGCUUCUGGAACUGCUACGCCUGUGCUUCAACAAGCUUACGCCCACGAUUACGUCCCCAGACCGGAUCAGUACCGAGGCGGUAUUCUUGGUUCUUUGCUAAAGCUUUACCACGAUGAUAGAAAUGCUCCUGGUAGUGGUGUCAACACACCGAAAGAUACAGGAACGCCGCUCAUGUCGCCUCGUCCUUCACCUCCGAUAUCACGACCUGCUUCGUCCAGCGGCACGCCUCUUCGAACACCGCCUCGCUCUCGACCUUCCAGUGGUUUGUUCAACUACCACAAAUCCCGCCACUCAUCUUCCUCUCUUGCUCUUACAGAGCUAAUGAAAUCCUCUUCCAUGUUUGCUGCGCCUGCUUCAGCGAAUAUCUCUGGUAAAUGGGCCGAGAACAUCAAGCAGCCUCCUGCACCACCUAAGAAGCGGGACAAGGCACGAAUUACCAUCCACAUUGCGGGCAUCAUUCAGCGCCAUCGUUAUCUCCUUAAGCUAUGCCGUGCGCUGAUGAUGUAUGGUGCUCCUACGCAUCGAUUGGAAGAGUACAUGACAAUGUCAUCACGAGUCCUCGAGAUUGAAGCACAGUUCUUGUAUCUGCCUGGUUGUAUGAUCAUCAGCUUUGACGAUAGCACUACGCAUACAACUGAAGUCAAACUUGUGCGUGUUCCACAGGGUAUUGAUCUUGGACGUCUUCGCGAUGUGCAUAACAUCUAUAAAGAGGUCGUUCAUGACAAGAUCGGCGUCGAGGAAGCUACACAGCGCCUUGACGAAGUCAACGAGCGAAAGCCAAAGUACAACGUCUGGGUUCGAGUGUUCUUGUAUGGUGUGGCGUCAGCUUGCGUCGCACCAUUCGCUUUCCAGGGACGUUUCAUCGAUCUUCCUAUUGCCUUCCUCCUCGGUUCAAUCGUCGGUAUUCUUCAACUUGUCUUGGCUCCUAGUAACGAGCUAUACGCCCACGUUUUCGAAGUUUCUGCCGCAGUCAUCACAUCGUUCAUCGCCCGUGCCUUCGGUUCUAUCCAAGAUGGCAAACUAUUCUGCUUCAGUGCUCUAGCGCAGAGUAGUAUCGCUCUGAUUCUGCCUGGUUACAUGGUUCUUUGCAGUUCACUAGAACUCCAAAGUCAUAACAUCGUGGCUGGUAGUGUCCGUAUGGUCCACGCUCUUAUCUACACUCUCUUCCUCGGAUACGGUAUUACUAUCGGCGCAUCCCUUUACGGCAUGAUUGACAGCAACGCUUCCAGUCGAUCAACCUGCGAUAGACCCCUGGAACGAGGCUGGUACUUUCUCUUCGUGCCAGGUUUUACUUUGUGCCUCUGUAUCAUCAACCAAGCCAAGUGGAAACAAUCUCCUGUUAUGGUCGGAAUGGCUCUUGCUGGUUGGUCAGUAAACAGUUACUGCGCAGAGUACUUUGGCGGCAACGGUCAAAUAUCCAACAUGCUGGGCGCCCUGACAAUCGGUAUUCUGGCAAACUUGUACUCUCGCAUGGGUCGCCACGUCGAGAAUGGCUGGCUCGACUUUGUCGACUGGUGGAAACUCCGUAUGCGACCACGCUACACCAAGAAGAAGUUCGAUUCAGACUCAUCAUGGUCCCUGCCAACCCUUACAGACCCCGAAUCCCGACCUACCACACCAGAAAAGGGCCAAGAUCCCGAAAAGAAGCCCCGCAAGGUUGGAUACAGUCUUGCAGCAGCAGCUAUGCUCCCCGCUAUCUUCGUCCAAGUUCCCUCUGGUCUCGCAGCAGGUGGUUCACUACUUGCCAGUAUCACCAUGGCCGAUGAGAUCACCAAGAACGGCACAAAGGUCGCUACUGAUAUGAACACCAUGGGUAACCUCGAAGGGACAGCUUUCAAUGUGUUGUUCAAGGUUAUUCAAGUCGCCAUUGGAAUCAGCGUUGGUCUGUUCUUGAGUGCACUCAUUGUUUACCCACUGGGUAAGAGAAGAAGUGGACUAUUCAGUUUCUAA